AUGUCAUUCAUCAGAGAAGUAGACCGAGCCAUCCUAAAGAGACUUUCUUCUGUUCUAGGUUUCCACAAAGCGGUAUCAGGGUAUGAGAACGCCUUUCUCCUUUUAGCUUUAGUCGGUCGAGUAGCUUAUUCGAACGUUGUGAACUCAUUCCUGCCUUUGCAAUACCAGCGCAUCUUGUGCCACAGAAUCGGUUGUGCUCUGCCUCUUCCCCUCUAUCAGAAGAUUGCCUUGUGUGGAAGGUUGACUCUGAACUUCAGUCAAUGGGAGGAAUCCCCUUAUCUAAGGUUCUUUGUAUGGCACUCUAAACUCUCUUUCUUACGCGAGACAGAAAGUGUAACUACCGAAGCUCUUUCAACUUGUCCUGUCUUUGGAUAA